CGGUUAAUUUUCAGGUCACACUCACCAUCCCCUUGAGAGAUCCCGGCGGCUGGCGGGACCUCUCUUUCUACCUUUUCCAUCUCCGAUAUCCUUAGAAAACCAAGAGAACUUCGGUAAUAUUUGAACAUUUUUCUAGUAUCUUCCGGAUCUUUCUCUAAAAAUUAGUUAGGGUUAGGAUUUUGGUAGUUUUUUUUCUCCCUUCUUUUCCUUUUCCAAAAAUAGCAAAGAGCUAUGUCUGGUCUCCAUCGGUCUUCGAGCGCGCCAUUAAAGAACGGUCUUCCUCCUCAAGAGCUUCUUGACGAUCUUUGCAGUCGGUUUGUUUUAAAUGUGCCGAAAGAGGAUCAACAGUCAUUUGAGAGAAUUCUCUUCCUUGUGGAGUAUGCACACUGGUUCUAUGAAGACAAUACAGUGGAAAAAAAUCCAUCGCUGAAGUCACUGAGUCUGAAGGAGUUCACCUCUCUAUUGUUUAACAACUGCGAUGUUUUAAGGCCUUACGUUGCUCAUGUAGAUGAUAUCUUUAAAGAUUUCACUGAUUACAAGGUUCGAGUUCCUGUAACUGGGGCAAUUAUUCUGGAUGAAACAUAUGAACGGUGCAUCCUAGUGAAAGGAUGGAAAGGGACAAGCUGGAGUUUCCCACGUGGAAAGAAGAACAAAGAUGAGGAGGACCAUGCAUGUGCCAUUCGAGAAGUCUUAGAAGAAACAGGCUUCGAUGUUUCAGCUCUCCUUAACAAAGAUGAAUACAUCGAAGUGAUAUUUGGCCAGCAGAGGGUGCGGCUUUAUGUAAUUGCUGGUGUAAAGGAUGAUACAGCCUUUGCCCCACUUACAAAAAAGGAGAUCAGUGAAAUUGCUUGGCACCGGCUUGAUGAUCUUCAGCCAGCAACCAAUGAAGUAAUAUCUCGUGGGAUCACUGGCCUAAAGCUUUAUAUGGUGGCACCCUUCUUAGCAUCUCUGAAGUCAUGGAUUUCAAAGCAUCCAUCCCCGCUACCUCCAAGACCAGAUUUGCCACUAAAAGGAGUCUCUAUCUGGAAAGCAAAGAACACUUCCGUAGGAAGUAACUCAAUGAUUGGAGAGAGCCAAUCUAAUAAGCUUCCAUCCGAAGCCAAGCCACCCGACACCGGUCCUGGAAAGAGCUUCAGAAACUUUAAAUUCGAUACGGCCGCAAUAUUAAGAGCAUUGGAAGGUAGCUUUUCUUCCUGAAGAUCAGACCAAGUUGUUAUCAUGACAUCCAUAGCUGGGACUUUUGAGUUGCUAGAACAUCAUCAGUUGUAAAACCGAACAGCAUCGUCGUCCUAAUCUGUUGUAAAUUCUUGUGUCAUGUCUGGGUUCGUUUGACAUGUAAUUCUGUAUAGAAAAAGAAUCUUUGGUGGCGACGCAUGCUGGUUCUUGUUAAUUGUUCUGCAAGUCAAAAUGUGGUGAUUGGUGAAAUAUUAAUACUACAGUACCCUUUGUAUGUGGCUAACAGCUCCAUCACU